CUCACUGCAGCGGUACUUCCUGGAUUCCCUCCUGUGUUCUUUUCUCGUGUCGGGUCCGUAGACUGUAAGACGAGACGCUCCACCGGGACGGGAGCAGAUUCGUUUACCGUGGGAGCGAUGAGGAAAUGUCAGUCGUGGAGGUUAGUGAAGUUACUCACCGUGUCCGCUGUGCUCGUCCUGUCGGCUCAGAUCUUAGUCGGUGUCCUGAGUAAAGAGCAGGUAAAGACAAGCCCCCUGUCAGAGCAGGAGCACCGGCUCCUGUCCCCCCACUCAUACCAGUACGUACUCAACCAGCCUCUGUGCAGGGACACCAGCCCCUUCCUGCUCUUCCUGGUCCCAGUUGCUCCACAGGACAAUGCAGCGAGGGAGGCAAUCAGGAAAACAUGGGGAGCUCCAGGUCAGGACACCCUCACUGUCUUCUAUAUGGGGGUCCCCGAGGGGGGGCAGGGAUCCAGCCUCCAGGACAAGCUGGAGGAGGAGAGCAGGGAACAUGCAGACAUCAUCCAGAUGAACUUCCUGGACAGCUACCAGAAUCUGACAAUCAAAACUGUGAUGAUGAUGAACUGGGCUGCGACCCACUGCCCCAGAGCCUCCUACGUCAUGAAGGUGGACUCGGACAUCUUUGUGAACGUGUUCCACCUCCUGCGGUGGCUGAGGAGCUGCCCACGUCAGGCCUUCAUCACAGGGUCAGUGAUAAACGAUGGCAGGCCGAGGAGGGACAUUUACAGUAAGUGGUAUGUGUCAGAGGAGGAGUACCCUGAAGACAGCUUCCCCCCGUAUGUAUCUGGAGCUGGGUAUGUCCUCUCUGCAGACCUGGCCGCCAGGAUCUCCUGGGCCUCCAGGUUCGUACGCAUGAUCUCAAUGGAGGACGUGUACUUGGGGUUGUGUCUGCGUGUGCUGGGGGUCCGGCCUGUGUAUGCCCUCAGCCUGCCCACCCUCAGGAAUCUCUUUGAAAUCAGAGACUUGGAGUAUGACAGGUGCACCUUCACCAAACUCCUCAUUGUGAACGGGUUCAAGGCGUCAAAGCUGCUGCAGGUCUGGCAGGAUUUCUCCAAAGGACGCAGCAGCUGCUGAGGGUCAACUUUACCAAGUGCUUCACUGUUCAGACACACAUGAGAACUUCAACAAAGUUAAAUAUUAUCAAAUCAGUGUCCUGCUCUUAAGGAAAGAAGCCAUUACACACACACACACAUUACUGUGGAUGUUCAUGUUCAAGGGCGACACGGUUGUGGGUAAAGCUGUAUCAUUAUAUUAUGCAAACACUAUUCAAAUAUUAAAAUGAAACUAUCAGAGAAUAUAUCUUCACUCCAGAGUUAAACCUCAACUCGUUCAUUUACAAUCAAACACGUGUUACCUCAGGCUCAAAGAAAACCUCAUGGCGAUCUGCUGCUUGUCUCUUUUCCUAUAAUAUUGUCAAUCUUAGUUUGAACUGCUGGUUGGAAAGAACAGGCAAUUUGAAUACAUUCCUUUGGAAACAGUGGUGGACAUUUUCAAGUUAUGUCAAAUUUUCUUAUGCUUACCACUACAUUUGACCUUAUAAUAGAAAAUGCAAACUAGAGCAGCUGGAGAUUGUAUAGAGAUAGUAUUUGUGCCUUAAUCAGUUUGAGAAACAUUUUCAUCCCAAAAGCUAUACAAAUAUUCAGGUAACUGUCCCAUAAGAGAAGCAGCAGAAGCUGCAACUGAGAAGCAGGAACCAAAGAUUAUGGCUUAAGUGAUCAAAACAAAAUGGUUGCAAAUAAUCGAAACAUCAACAAUUUUCUGUAUAAUUUAUAAUUUUUUGUUAGCAAGUAAAUGAAAUGUAAUAAGCUGCUUUUGGUGUUUUGUAUCAUCAUAAUGAGUAACUGUCAUUUUAUAAAGAAAUAGGACAUUCAAAAAUGUUUCCAGUGAACAAACUGAUUAAUCAUUUGCCUUAUAAACCAGGUGAUAAUGUUGGUGCAGAACACUAAUUACUGAAUUACUUGUGAAGCGCCUUAAAAUCUUGGUUAUAAAAGUUGCUGUGGAAAAAGACUUUAUUCAAAAAUGUGGCAAAUCACCUACACUGAGAAGCUGAGUAGCUUUACUGUCCGAGGUCAAAUAAAAGAAGACAAAAUAGCUGCAGAUGUUUUUCUCAUCCGCAAUGUCAGUUCCAACUUCUUCAUUCAAAGUCCUAUUUAAUAGGUAUUGUGCAGUAGUUAGGUCAUAGUAGAGGUGUAAAUAGGAUAUAAUGUAUCCUCUGAAUUUAUAAUAUACACCAAAGACUGUUCAAAGGUUGACCUCAUUUUAUUGGCCUUGUCUUCAGUUUGUGCCUGUCUGUGUCUGUCUGUAUAUCUUUAUAUAUCCGUCCAUCUGGGCGUAAAAUAACCCGCAGCAUAUUUGUUGUGUUACUGGGCCUAUUUAUUUACAGUGUCUUAUGACGGAGUGGCUAUUUAUAUAUAUAUAUAUUUGCGCUGUACUUACAAAGUAGAACCAGCUGGUGGCAGUAUGUGUCAACUGCUGAGGUGAACUUAGUACACAUUUUAAAUGCAGAUACACUGACCUUUUCACAGGGAUCAUUGUUAGUGCUGGUAAGAAAAAAUGAGCUCUCAGAAAAGCCUAUAAGGGAGGUUUUUUAUUUUCAUCUUUCACUUAACAGCAGACUGAUCCUGCUCACUGUGUUUUACUAUGCACCGAGCGCCUCUUAGAUUGAUACCUCAGAUUUGUUGUUGCAUAUGAAUGAGAAAAUACACAGCAUCGGACUAUAUGAAUGUUUGAUUAUUAUAUAUUUCUUGCUGCUAUUGUUUUUGCUAUUGUCCACAUGCCAAGAGAAUAUGCUGUUUCCCUCCUGAAUAAAUAUAAUGCUGAAAACCUU